GAGCGGGGGCGCGGAGCGGGCGGAGGGCGCUGCCCGGGGCCGCCGCGCUCCCCCUCAGGCCGGGCCCGCCGCGCCCGGCCCGGGCAGCGCUGCAGCGGCGGCGGCGCAGCUCGGCCGGCGGGGCGGCCGGAGGAUGCGGGCGGGGCGGGCGCGCUGCCGUUCCCGGGUCGGGCAGCUAGAGAGCAGUGCAGGGAGCGCCAGCCCGAGCCCAGAGCUCCCUUCCUGUGGGCAAGGCCGACAGCGCAGCCGAGCGCCGGCCGAGGCCCGGGCCGGCCGCCCCCGCCGCGCUCGCCCAUGGCGGAGACCAAGAUCAUUUACCACAUCGACGAGGAGGAGACGCCGUACCUGGUGAAGCUGCCCGUGCCGCCAGAGAAAGUCACGCUGGCCGAUUUCAAAAAUGUCCUCAGCAACCGGCCCGUGCACAGCUACAAGUUCUUCUUCAAGUCCAUGGACCAGGAUUUCGGGGUGGUGAAGGAAGAGAUCUCAGAUGACAAUGCAAAACUCCCUUGCUUCAAUGGAAGAGUGGUGUCCUGGCUGGUCCUGGCCGAGAGCUCCCACUCUGACACGGGCUCCCAGUGCACCGAGAGCCACCCGGACCUUCCACCGCCCCUGGAGAGGACAGGAGGCAUCGGAGACUCCCGGCCCCCAUCCUUCCACCCCAACGCUGCCAGCAGCAGGGAUGGCCUGGACAAUGACACAGGCAUGGAGUCGGUGAUCAGCCACCGGCGCGAGCGGCACCGGCGCAGGAACCGCGAGGGCCACGAGGACGCCCCCAGGAUCAACGGGCACCCCAAGCUGGAGCGGCACCGCGAGCACCCCCCCGGCUACGACAGCUCCUCCACCAUGAUGAGCAGCGAGCUGGAGUCCAGCAGCUUCAUCGACUCCGACGACGACGACAACACCAGCAGGCUGAGCAGCUCCACGGAGCAGAGCACCUCGUCCCGCCUCAUCCGCAAGCACAAGCGCCGGCGGAGGAAGCAGAGGAUGCGGCAGAUCGACAGGUCGUCCUCGUUCAGCAGCAUCACUGACUCCACCAUGUCCCUGAACAUCAUCACUGUCACACUCAACAUGGAAAAGUACAACUUCCUGGGGAUCAGCAUCGUGGGGCAGAGCAAUGACCGGGGUGACGGCGGCAUCUACAUCGGCUCCAUCAUGAAGGGCGGGGCGGUGGCGGCGGACGGGCGCAUCGAGCCCGGGGACAUGCUGCUGCAGGUGAACGAUGUCAAUUUUGAGAACAUGAGCAAUGACGAUGCCGUCCGGGUUCUACGGGAAAUAGUCUCCAAACCAGGACCUAUCAGCCUAACAGUAGCCAAAUGCUGGGACCCUACACCCAGGAGUUAUUUCACCAUCCCCAGGGCUGAGCCGGUGCGGCCGAUCGACCCCGCGGCGUGGAUCUCUCAUACCACGGCCAUGACGGGAGCGUACCCCCGUUACGGUAUGAGCCCUUCCAUGAGCAUCACCACAUCUACCAGCUCCUCACUAACAAGCUCAAUUCCCGAGUCGGAAAAAUUAGAAGAAUCUCCCUUAACUGUGAAGAGUGACAUGGCUACCAUUGUCAAGGUCAUGCAGCUGCCAGACUCAGGCCUUGAAAUUCGGGACAGAAUGUGGUUAAAAAUCACCAUCUCCAAUGCAGUGAUAGGAGCAGACGUGGUGGACUGGCUCUACACACACGUGGAAGGCUUCAAGGACCGGCGGGAGGCGCGGAAAUACGCCAGCAGCAUGCUGAAACACGGCUACCUCAGGCACACUGUGAACAAAAUCACCUUCUCAGAGCAGUGCUACUACGUCUUCGGAGACCUCUGUGGCAAUCUGGCCGCACUGAACCUGAACAACGGCUCCAGCGGCGCCUCAGACCAGGACACCCUGGCUCCCCUCCCACACCCCGCUGCCCCCUGGCCCCUGGGCCAAGGAUACCCCUACCAGUACCCUCUGCCCCCUCCGUGCUUCCCACCAGCCUACCAAGACCCAGGCUUCAGCUACGGCAGCGGCAGCGCAGGCAGCCAGCAAAGCGAAGGGAGCAAAAGCAGCGGCUCCAACCGGAGCACCAGCGAGACCAGCAGGAGAGGAGCGGGCAGGGAGAAGGAGCGCAAGUCCGGGGGCAGCGGCAGCGAGUCGGAGGCGGCAGCGGCGGCGCGGCGCGAACGCCCGCUCAGCCAACUCAGCCAGCGCAGCCACAGCGACAGGAGCCACCAGAGCCACCAGAGCCACCACUCGUACGGUCCCCCGGGGCUGCCACCCUUGUACAGCCUGCCCAAGCUGGGCUCCAAGGCGCUGGGCAGCAGCAGCAGCAGCAGCGGCCCGCCCGGAGCGCCGCCGGUGCGCGAGCUGGGCGCCGUGCCGCCCGAGCUCACCGGCAGCCGCCAGUCCUUCCAGAAGGCCAUGGGCAACCCUUGCGAGUUCUUCGUGGACAUCAUGUGAGAGGAAAGUGCCUUCCAAAAGAACUCUUCUGCACAAGGGUGGGGUUUUAUUGGCGGGGUGGGAGGUUCGGUUGGAAGAGGCUCGGCUGUGUUGCAUGUCACGCCUUCCUGGUGGCAGCUGUGUCGCAGGAAAACAAAAAGAAUCGACAGAACUGAACAAAAAAAAGAAAAAAAUUACAAAAAAACCAACCCCCCCCUCGCCUACAAAAACGAACAACAAAAUCUCCCGGGAUUGUUAAAUAUCGGCAAAUCGACGGCAUCUUUUCGUUAUUUUUUUUGGUUUUUUCUCCCCUCCCCAUCUCGUUUUGGAUCGUGAAUGGCUGGUGUGUGUUCACAUCUUAAUGAGCUUUGGUCAUUGUGGCACCUACUUCAGUGGAAUUAGUGUCUCUUUUUUGGGCUGAUCGGAGGACUGCUAUUUCACGGGACUUCUGAAUUCCUGACAAUGCAUAGGAGCACUUUGAUUUUUCCCUGCUUUUUCUCUUGCAAGGACAAAACUGCUGGCUGGUAUCUGGGAUACUGCCUUGGAAUGCUGUUUCUUGGAUGCAUCCAUAGCUCUGAGCAGACACAGCACUCACAAAUUCUUGGAAAGGAGUGGGAUCCAACCAAUUCCUAGAGGAAAUCAGAAUUGUGGCUACUUCCUGCUGAUUAGGGAGUACAAAUCAAUCUUCCUUGGGUUCUUUGAGGUUUGGGUUUUUCUGAGAUAUUCUGUCCAGGCGGUGCUGGAGUCUUGCUGCUGUGUGUGUUCAUUGUGCUGAAGCUGUAAAGUGAUUUUCUUCAGUUAUUUCCUUAUUUCCCAAGGGUGAUUUUCCAGCUGGGCUCGGUUCCUGGGUGUUUCAGUCCCAUCCCUGCUGCCAGGCGUGGCUGUUCCCUCUGGGUGUGCAGGUUGGGAGAGUUAUUCCCACAGAAAUAGGAAAGUUGCUGCAGUUCUGUCAGAUUUUCCCUUUUGAAGGGGUUUUUUAUCCCAUUCCAGCAGGGAAAUCCUGGCUCCCGCUGGGACGUGGCUCUUCCUUGUGAUCCCUCUUUCCUUUCUGAGCAGAAUCUUUCUCUUUUUUUUGUUGAAACAGAGACCUGGAGAGGUCUGAUCCCCCAGGGAACAUUUCUGAGCAGAGAGGUGUGAGGGUGUCUGAGAACAGAUCAGAAAUGGCACAAGAAAAAAUCCUCACUCCUGGCACUGAGUGAAACCCACCCUGGAGCUCCUCAAAAUGAAAUCCUUAACCCUGGGACUGAGUGAAACCCACCCUGGAGCUCCUGAAAAAGAAAUCCCAACCCCUGACACCAAAUUAAACCCACCCUGGAGCUCCUCAAAAAGAAAUCCUCACCCUUGAGACUGAGUGAAACCCACCCUGGAGCUUCUCAAAAAGAAAUCCUUAACCCUGACACCAAAUUAAACCCACCCUGGAGCUCCUCAAAAAGAAAUCCCAACCCCUGACACCAAAUUAAACCCACCCUGGAGCUCCUCAAAAAGAAAUCCUUAACCCUGGCACUGAGUGAAACCCACCCUGGAGCUCCUCAAAAAGAAAUCCCAACCCCUGACACCAAAUUAAACCCACUCUGGAGCUCCUCAAAAAGAAAUCCUCACCCCUGACACUGAGUUAAAUCCACCCUGGAGCUCCUCAAAAAGAAAUCCUCACCCCUGCGUCCUUCUGAGGAGCUCUGACUGAAGCAACUGCUGUUGAAUAUCCCCAAUAUUUAAUUUCUGGCUAUUUUCUGCUCUGUAAACCCAACCCAAGAAGCUUCAGUGAUAUUUAAGAAGCUUUUUUAAGGUUUGGUGAGCACAGCCACCCUCUGCCCCAGUGGCUCUGAUUUGACCAUGGGGCCUUUCCUCAGUGAAAUCCUCUUUUGUGAGAUCCCUGCUGCUGGCAGGAUUUAGGACAGGUGCUUUAAAAUCAGUAUUUACUGUAAAUCAGCAUUUUCUUCCCUGGUAAGAAGCUUCUUUUUGGGUGAAUAUCCAGGGUGGAUGUGAAGAGAGAGCAUUUUCCUCUCUGUACACACACAGUUCAAUUUGUCACCCUGAAAACUGACUCUUCAAAAUGUCCCUUUCAUUCUGAUUUUUCACUUCUUUCCUUUUUCCCACCUCUGUUGCAAACCCCUCCCUUUGUCAGAGACUCCAGAUCUUUGUGGUCAUGAGAGCCUCAAUUUCUCCUUCCACAGGGAGCCAGGCAUUUGGGAAACUCUGUCACUCAGCCCAUUCCUGGGCUUCUAAAUUAAUUUUCUUUACAAAAACUUCCCCCAAAAAAGGUUCUGAAAGCAGAGCUUUUAUCACCAUCCAUGGAUGGCUCCUCCAAAGGAGGCCCUGCCUAAAGCUUGACUGUCCAACAGGAAUUUUCUUUCCCUUCCCUCCUCCCAGAUGCAAACCUGACUUGAUAAAUUAUUCUGGAAGAUUGACACUGAAAGCAGUGAAGCAAAUCAGGGUAAAAUAUCCUAAAGAAUUCUAAAAUAUCCUAAAGAAUUCUGCUGUGUCUCCUGGAGACACUGCUGAGGAGUCUGUGACGUUACUGACAAUCAUUUAAAUGAAAUGAGAUUUCUCUGGCCUCUUGAAAUUACGAUUUCUCUGGCCCUGUUUGUUUUAAGGCAGAACUCGGAGGGCUGGAGAGAAAAAAAAAAUCCUUUUAAUAUUCAAAAAAAAGGGAUUAAAACUGGGGGGUUUCACCCACUUUUCAUUUCCUCGUGUCUUUCCCAGAGCUGCAGUUUUCACUCCUGCUGGGCCUUUGGUUUUUGGUCUCGUGGUUUUGCUGUUGGCAGAAACUGUUCUGUGUCUUUGCUGCUAUGUUGAAAAAUCCCUGUUUUCCCCACGUGUGUGCCCGUGGCUCAGCCUGGCACCAGGCUGGCAGGUCCUGGCAGAUGUGGGGAAGCUUUUUCUGAGGAAAUCAGGCUGGAGGAGCUCCCCCAGUGCAGGAAAAGGAUGCAGAGGUGGCAGAGGUGGAUCCACACAGAGUAGGAGGGAGCAGUGCCCCUCUUGAACAGUGCAAUAUUGACCAGGAACACAAAAAUCCUGCAUUUCCUCACCGUGCAGAGGCUGGGCAAGGUGAGGCCUGAAUCUUUGCCAGAUCUCUGUUUCCUCAAGGGGAUCCAAAGCAGGAGAAUUUCCAUCGAGUUAAACCCACCCUGGAGCUCCUCAAAACGAAAUCCUUACCCUGACACCAAAUUAAACCCACUCUGGAGCUCCUCACAAAGAAAUCCCAACCCCUGAUACCAAGUGAAACCCACUCUGGAGCUCCUCAAAAAGAAAUUCUUAACCCUGACACCAAAUUAAACCCAUCCUGGAGCUCCUCAAAAAGAAAUCCCAACCCCUGACACCACCCUGGAGCUCCUCAAAGAGAAAUCCUCACCCUGGCACUGAGUGAAACCCACCCUGGAGCUCCUGAAAAAGAAAUCCUCACCCUUGAGACUGAGUGAAACCCACCCUGGAGCUCCUCAAAAAGAAAUCCCAACCCCUGACACCAAAUUAAACCCACCCUGGAGCUCCUCAAAAAGAAAUCCUCACCCUUGAGACUGAGUGAAACCCACCCUGGAGCUCCUCAAAAUGAAAUCCCAACCCCUGGCACUGAGUGAAACCCACCCUGGAGCUCCUCAAAUAGAAAUCCUCACCCCUGACAGGGCCCCACCAGGGCUUGAAAUUUAAUUUUGAUUAAAUUUUGAUUGAUUUUGAUGAAAUUUUGAUGCUGGAACCCCCUCAGAACAGGAGCCUGAAGUGAUUUGACAUUUUUACCCUGCAGCUGAGCUCGGUGCUCACACAUCCUCAGCUCCAGCAGCAGGGAGGUCUGGAGGAGCCUGGAAAAGGGGCAGGGAAACAUUUUGUGGGGACAUCUCCCACCCACAAGAGGCAGGGGAGUGAAUCCACACAGAAUUCCAACUCUGAGGAAUAAAUUCUUUUGCAAACAGUAUUAAAAGCAUGCUGGUGUCUUUUACCUCCUGUUUUAAAUCUGUUUUUCCAAGGAAAGAGUCCCCUGGACACUUCACCCAAAGGUUUUACUGGCUGGCAGUGAUGCACAGACGUUGAUUUUUGCUCUGAUUUUUGUUCUCUCCCCUCCUGAGACUUGACAGCUCAUGGGUUGAUGUAAUUGUUUCGGGGUUUUAUUUUUGUUUUGUUUUGCAUUUAACUGGAUUGUAAGAAGAUUGACUUAAAAUUAUUAAUUCUAAUCAGUGAUUAGAAACACAUGUAAAGAAUUUUAUGUACAGUAGAGGAACAAAGUGACAUUGAUUUUAAAUAAUGAAAACCCAGACUAUCACCUGUCCUAGAACUGGUUCUACUCCAAGAGUGACCUCUAAUUAGCAUGGACUGCACUGUUCCUGUUAAAUGUCUAUUGCAUAAUUGAAUUCUUUUUUGUAGAUAUUGUAUUAAAACCCAAGUGUCUGUAUAGUUAAUAUAUAGCUGCUUAUGUGUAAAUGCUAUUUUAAACACUAAAAAGCUUUUAAUUUUAUGUGAUAA